AUUAGGAUCUACUCUACCUGCUAAAGUGUAUUCGUAUAUAUGUAUGAUGUGGGUUAUCAAAUAAAGUAUCAAAGCUUCAUUUGUUCAUAUGGUAUCAGAGCCAUAAAAAAGGUCUCCUUUUUCGAUCCAAUCACAGCCAGUUCACACAGAGGCUUCACACACAGCCUCACCUUAGCACGAUUUUCUUUCGCUGCUCACUGCAAUGGCCUCUCCCAUCAUCACAAAAGACACCCUUGUCAUUCAGCUUCAUGCUAAAACUCACUUUCCCAUCAAAUUGAAUACCACCAAUUUUGCUAUAUGGCAAUGGCAAAAUCGAUCAAUGUUAAUCGGACUUGAUCUUCUUGGCUACAUUGAUGGAUCUCUCGCUAUGCCACCCCGCCAACAGUCUGAUGGCGCUUUCAAUCCAUGUCACUCCAUUUGGUAUCGACAAGAUCAAUCCAUUAUUGCCGCGCUCCUUGGGAGUUGCUCUGACACGAUCCAGCCCAUCAUCUCUAACGUUGACACCGCACGUCGGGCUUGGCUUAGCCUGCAUUCUAGCUUUGCCAGUGCUAGUCGUGGCCGGGUUAUUGGUCUUAAGUGCAAACUUGGUAAAAAUCCACGAGGCAAUCGCCCUAUGGCUAAAUAUCUGCGUGAUAUGCAGCAAAUUGCUAAUGACUUAGCCCUAGUACAAUGUCCGGUUUCUGAACCAGAUCUGGUUGCACAUGUUCUCAAUCAGGUCGGCGAUGCAUUUGAUCCCAUUACAUCGGCGGCCAGGAUUCGUGAGACUCCUAUCACGUUCACUGAACUCAGUGACGUCUUGCCAGAAUUUGAAGGCAAACUUCAGACCAGUGAUGCUGCUACCCAAUAUCUCGUGGCCACUGCCAACGUUACCCAACGUGGCCCACCAGCCAGGCCUGGCAGAUUUUCCCAUCGCAAUGGCCAGCAUUCUUUAAGCCGUCGUUCUUUCAACACUGGUGGUCGAAACCACACGCGUGAUACUUCGUGUCAAUUUUGUUCCAUCCCAGGCCAUGACAUCAAGGUGUGUCGAAAACUUACUCGGCUUCUUCGAGAUAAUGCCUUUCCAACACCUUGGGUUAGUUUCCUCCUCCCUGUUCAUUUGUCUACGCAAUCUUCCACCGCACGCCAGACCGAGACCAAGUAUGGUCGUGGGAGCUCCGCUCGGCACACCGACCAAGGGAGUCAACCGAGCUCACCCUCUCUCGAGGAGAUAGUGGCGGUUGAGCUCCCGCAGGCCGUCAAGCCCCGCCACCAGAAGCGAACGGCCCAGGAGGACUCGAUCAUCCGUGCACAAAAAUGUGACCUAACGAGCGACGAGUAUCGCAAAGCGAAGCGUUUCAUCGCAUGUCCCGGUGUCGUUGUGCGCUGUCCCACUCCCGAGGAAUCUGUCUACGACGCUCCUCGGUGUUUCUUCGUGAUCCAUCUCAAAUCCCUUGAGUAUGGAUUUCGCUUCCCGCUUCAGCCGCUGGUCGUCAAAUUCUUCCACCAUUUCACUUCCUCCCUUGCCAACUGGUUCCGAAGUCGCACUGCCACAUAGCCGGCUUCCUUAUCUGCUGCUGCCAAAUCGGGGUCCGCCCCGAUCUCGACCGCUUCCUGAUUAUGUUCCGGCUGGCCAAGUCUUUUGGUGCAGACUCGGGCUCUGAUCUUACGCCGUCCUUUUCCAAAAGCGGAAGGGGAUCUUUAAGUCCAAGAAGGACUCGAUCAAGAGCUGGAAAGGGAAGUUCAUCUUUGUGUCGGGCUCUUACUAUACGCCGCCCUUUUCCAAAAGCGUGCACCUUAAAGCUUGGAGCCCUUGGUACGUGCGCACCUAGGUUAUCU